GGGGAGCUCGCGCAGUGCAACGCGGACAGAGUGCGGCUCGCGCCGCUUCAAGCAGGGCGCCAGGCGGACACACGAGAGAGAGAGAGUGAGAGAUAGAAACAGAGAGAGCGAGAGAGAGACCUGAGGCGGGGGGCAGGGGGACCUCGCGACGGUGGCCGGUGUCGGGGACCCCGCAGUGUGAGUGAGUGUGUGGAGGAGUGUUGAAGGCAAAGCAGAUGUGAGCGGAGAGCAGCUUCCCGCGCCGGGGCUCGGCUAGCAUGAACAAGUCACCUGUGGAUGAGGCCAAUUUCCUCUCCAGAUACUUUUUCUGGUGGACGAGCCCUAUUAUGCGAAAGGGUUUCAGGGAGAAACUGAGGCCAGCAGAUGUAUAUCAAGCUCCAUCUCAAGACACAGCAGACGUGCUUGCAGAACGGCUAGAGAAGGAAUGGGACAGAGAAGUUAUCUCUGCAAAGAAAAAGCCCAGUCUCCUCCGAGCGCUUUCCCGAUGCUUCAUUCGGCCUUUUCUGUUAUUUGGAAUCCUCCUCUACUUGGGGGAAGCCACGAAAUCUGUGCAACCACAGCUCUUGGGCCGAAUCAUUGCCUCAUUCGACCCCUUCCACGAGCCGGAGCGGGAGCAGGGCUACUUCCUGGCUCUUGGCCUGGGCCUGCUGUUCAUUGCCCGUUUCCUCCUGCUGCAGCCUGCCAUGUUUGGGCUGCACCACCUGGGCAUGCAGAUCCGCAUUGCCCUCUUCAGUUUAAUCUACAAAAAGACGCUGAAACUGUCCAGUCGAGUUCUGGACAAAAUCAGCACGGGGCAGCUGGUCAGCCUUAUGUCUGCCAACUUGGGCAAGUUUGAUCAGAGCUUGGGCAUGGCCCACUAUGUGUGGAUUUCUCCCUUGCAGUGUAUACUGUGUGUGGGGCUAAUCUGGGAGCUCAUUGACAUCAAUAGCCUAUGUGCUCUUGCUGCCAUCUCCCUACUGGGAGUCAUACAGGCCUGUCUGUCCCAUAAAAUGGGCCCCUACAAAGCGAAAAGGAUACUGCUGACCAACAAGCGUCUAGCUCUGACCUCAGAGAUCAUGGAGAACCUGCACUCAGUGAAAGCCUACGGCUGGGAGGAGAUCAUGGAGACCAUCAUCAAGAACAUCAGACAGGACGAGGUCAAGCUGACCAGGAAGAUUGGCUCUCUGCGUUACUUUUAUAGCGCUGCCUACUUCUUCUCUGCCAUCUGGGUGAUCACAGCAGCAGUGGUACCUCAAGCCCUCACCACGGGCAUCACAGUGCGCCGCAUCUUCACCACACUCUCCUACUGCAUGGUGCUGCGCAUGACUGUCACGCGCCAGCUGCCUGCUGGCAUCCAGAUGUGGUAUGACACCAUUCGGCUCAUCUGGAAAAUCGAGGAUUUUCUCAGCAAGGAAGAAUACAAAAUGCUGGAGUAUGACCUCAGCAUCACAGAUAUGACGCUUGAAAAUGUCACAGCUUCCUGGGAUGAGGGUAUUGGGGAACUCUUUGAGAAGAUUAAAGAGGAAAACAAAGCAAAUGGUUUUCCGAAUGGAGACGGGCUCUUCUUCACCAACCUCUACGUAACACCUGUCCUUAAGAAUAUCAGCUUGCACUUGCACAAAGGUGAAAUGUUGGCUGUGGCUGGCUCCACAGGAUCUGGAAAGAGCUCUCUGCUGAUGACCAUCCUGGGAGAGCUGGUUCCCUCCUCUGGGAGAAUCCGCCACAGCGGCCGUGUCUCCUUUUCCUCACAGACGGCCUGGAUCAUGCCUGGCACCAUUCGAGACAACAUCCUGUUUGGCCUGACCUGUGAUGAGUUCCGCUAUACCAGUGUGGUUAAAGCAUGCCAGCUAGAGGAGGAUCUGGCUGCUCUUCCUGAGAAGGACAGAACACCUUUAGCAGAAGGGGGACUGAACCUAAGCGGGGGUCAGAAAGCACGAGUGGCCUUAGCCAGGGCUGUGUACAGAGAUGCUGAUACCUACCUGCUGGAUGCACCUUUCACCCAUCUGGAUAUUGCAACAGAGAAAGAGAUAUUUGACAAGUGUCUGUGCAGACUCAUGGCCUCCAAGACCCGUAUCGUGGUCACCAACAAGAUUGAACACCUGAAGCGGGCUGACAAGAUCUUGUUGCUCCAUAAUGGCGAGUCCUUCUUUUAUGGCACCUUUUCAGAGCUGCAGUCCCGGCGGCCUGACUUUAGCUCCCUGCUACUCGGCCUGGAGGCCUACGACAGCAUCAAUGCUGAGCGUCGCUGCUCCAUCCUCACUGAGACCCUGCGCAGAGUCUCCGUGGACGAGAGUUCAGGGAUCCGUCCUGAACGGCCCUCUUACCGGCAGGUGGCUCCUCCUGCCUACAAAGAUGAACGGAAACAGUCGGUCAUCAUCAACCCGCUGGUGUCUGACCGCAAGGCUUCCUUUAUCAUCACUGGGCUCGAGGAGGAGGUGAAACGACCGCUGCCCGUCCGCAAGAUCUCUCUGGUGCCUGAGAACGAGCUGGUGGAUGAGUCCUUUAUGGCUAACGAUAUGUACCAUAAUCACGGUGUGCACAUGGCAGGGCAGAGGAGACAGUCAGUACUAGCCUUCAUGACCAAUGCACAGGGCCAAGGCAGACGCGACCAGCUCCAGUCAUCCUUCCGCCGUCGCCUGUCCAUCGUGCCACAAAGCGAACUUGCCUCAGAGGUGGACAUCUACGCCCGCCGACUGUCCAAGGACAGUGUUUAUGACAUCACUGGAGAUAUGGAUGAGGAGAAUAUUGAGGCAUGCUUUGCAGAUGAACAAAUGGAGAAUGUCUUUGAAACCACAAAAUGGAACACAUAUGUCCGAUAUGUGACAAGCAACAAAAGUCUCAUUUAUGUUCUGAUUUUCAUCCUUAUCAUCUAUGCCAUUGAGGUGGCUGGAUCUGUUGCUGGGAUUUUCCUGAUAACAGAUGUGAUCUGGAAGGAGGAGCAUCGGCUGCUCGAUCUGAACAACACCAAACAAGCCAAUUUAUCCCAGGCAAGCUCACAGUACGCUGUCAUCAUCCGCCCCACCAGCAGCUACUACAUCAUCUACAUAUACGUAGCCACAUCAGAAAGCAUCUUAGCACUGGGCUUUUUCCGGGGCCUUCCACUGGUCCACACCAUGAUCACCGUCUCCAAGAAGCUGCAUCAGAAAAUGUUGAGCUCUGUGCUAAGGGCACCUAUGUCCAUCCUAAACACCAUGAAGACAGGUUCUAUCAUGAAUAGGUUCACUAAGGAUAUGGCCAUAAUAGACGACAUGUUGCCCCUCCUAAUGUUUGACCUUGUCCAGUUGACCCUGGUGGUGAUUGGAUGUAUUCUGGUGGUGUCCAUCAUGCGUCCAUAUAUAUUUCUCGCAGCUACGCCCUUGGCCAUUAUCUUUAUUGUGAUGAGGAAGUACUUCCUGCGGACAGGUCAGCAGCUGAAGCAAAUGGAGACAGAAGCUCGGAGUCCCAUCUUCUCCCAUCUCAUUAUCUCCCUGAAGGGCCUGUGGACAAUCCGGGCCUUUGACCGGCAGGCCUAUUUUGAAACCCUUUUCCAUAAAGUCCUGAACACCCACACGUCCGUCUGGUUCCUCUACCUCUCCACCCUGCGCUGGUUCCUCUUCCGUGCUGACGUCAUCUAUGUCUUCUUCUUCACCCUUGCUGCUUGGAUUGCUGUAGGAACCAACCAGGAUAAACCGGGUGAGAUUGGUAUCAUUGUAGCCCUGGCAAUGCUCAUUCUAGGCACCUUCCAGUGGUGUGUCGUCACCAGCAUUGCAGUGGAUGGAAUGAUGCGUUCUGUGGAGCGCGUCUUCAAGUUCAUCGAUCUGCCGUCUGAGGAGCCCAAACCCAAGCUGGGCCAGAGGAAAGUCUCAGACCUGGUCAUCGAGAACCCAGAUGCCUUCAAUGAGGCCACCUGGCCCAGCCGUGGCCAGAUGGACGUGCAGAAUUUAACGGUCAAAUACACUGAGGCCGGACAUGCUGUGCUCAAUAACCUCUCCUUCACAGUGGAGGGAGGACAGAAGGUGGGCAUUUUGGGCAGAACAGGCUCUGGGAAGAGCACGCUUUUCAGUGCUCUCCUGCGCCUGACCUACACAGACGGAGACAUGGCCAUCGAUGGUGUCUCCUUCAACAACAUGCCCCUGCAGAAGUGGCGCAAGGCUUUCGGCGUGGUGCCUCAGAAAGUUUUCAUCUUUACUGGAACAUUCCGUAUGAACCUGGACCCCUAUGGUUGCCACAGUGAUGAAGAGUUGUGGAGCGUUGCUGAGGAGGUGGGUCUUAAGUCAGUCAUUGAGCAGUUUCCUGAUAAGAUGGACUUUCAACUGGAGUAUGGGGGGCACGUGCUGAGCUAUGGCCACAAACAGUUGAUGUGUCUGGCCCGGUCAAUCCUCAGCAGGGCUCGUAUCUUGCUGCUUGAUGAACCUAGUGCCCACCUCGACCCACUCACUGUGAAGGUACUGAAGAAGACGCUGAGGCAGUCCUUCUCCACCUGCACCAUCUUACUGUGUGAACACAAGGUGGAACCACUGCUUGAGUGCCAGAGCUUCCUGAUGAUGGAGCAGGGUAAAGUGAAGACCUACGAGUCCAUCCAGAGACUCCUGAAUGAGACCAGUCAGCUGAAACAGGCCAUUAGUCCAGCUGAACGCCUCAAACUCUUCCCCCGUCGCAACUCCAGCAUGCAUGUUCCUCAGCCCAAACUCAGCACCGUCACACUCACCCUGCAGGAGGAGGCAGAGGAUGACAUCCAGGACACUCGCCUCUGAGCCCCACUCAACAGAGACCAUACAGAGACUUUAUUUACAUGAGCUCAGUGAGGGACAAAAUCCAGCUUACUGACAAUGCUGUCCAAUAGGAACACUUUAUAUUUUGAGAAGUGUUUUUUCUGAAGGAGGACUUAUAAAUGUGGUCACGAUCAUGGUACAAUGGACAAGUAAGACAAUUCAAACAUUUUUAUAUAUGCAGUAAAUUAUAUAUGCAGUAACUUAAGGUACUAGACUAUUAGAAGUGGAAACAGUGGGAGUAGGAAUGAUGGUCAGAUGCUGAAGGAAAAAAAGACAUUUUUAUGAGUCAUUCCUCUGUGUCCUUCACCAUGUUUCAGUAAAUGUUUAUGUUCAUCUCCCUCUUAACUUAUUGAGUCAAUGUAAGACCACUGGUGUCCAUGACAUUGCUUUUCUCUGAUGUAAAUCACGUAAAUGGAAAGAGUACUUUGUUCCUUUUAUUUUUUUAUUUAGGAAUUUCAUGGAACUAUGCACAAAUUAGGCACAAAUGGAAUGAAAAAUGUUGUUUUGCUUAGAUGUAAAUAGAUAAACAGUGUUUCUGUAAACAAGGA